UGCAACGCGUUGGCUGUUUUUUUUUCCCCCGGGGGUGACCCGUUUGCAAAGAUCUCCUCCGCACGCGGGGGCCGGACGUUGGCGAUGCUCCGAUCUUGUUGGCUCGUUGGGCUCCUGAUAGCUUACACAUCUGGAAAAAAGCUAUGGGAUGUCCCCAUAUCUCACACAGACCAGCUCAGCCCUGGAAAACUGCGGUGGGAGCCACAGUGCCAAUAUCAACUGCGCCACCUUCAGGAUGGUGCUAGAAUUUCUGCUCUUCAGCCUCCUCAGUUGGAAGGCCAUUGGAUUUCAACAGGGUGUGAAGUGAGGCCAGGACCUGAAUAUCUAACCCGUUCAUAUAUGUUCUUCCCCAACCGCCUCUUCAAAGCCUAUCAGUUCUAUUACCAAGACCCUGGCUGCCGGGACCCCACCUACUCCCUGGUCAUCAAAGGCAAAAUCAGGCUUCGCCAGGCCUCCUGGAUCACCCGAGGGGCAACUGAAGCAGAUUACCACCUUCAUAAAGUUGGCAUCGUCUUCCACAGUCAGAAGGCUAUGCGGGAAACAGUGGCUCGCAUCAACCAGACGUCGGGAGAACACUGUCGUGGGUUCUUACCAGCUGGACGAGCAUGGGCUCCCGGUGCCAUUUAUGAGCUUCUGAGCACCAAAGGAGAGCAAGACUGCACUGCAGGCCUCGGCUUUGCCAUGCACGAACUGAGCCUUGUGCGGGUGGAAAAAUACCAGCAGCCAUUGUUUUUGCAUCAGAACCAGGGAGACCAGGAAGUGGAGGAACUGUACCUGGGGGACAUCCACACUGAUUGGUCAGAAAGGCUGCAUUAUCGACCAACAGGAUACCAGCGUCCCCUCCAGAAUGCAAUGCACUACAUUCAUCCUUGUCCCGCCUGUGGAGUUAUCUACAGAGCUGAUGAGCAUCAUCCACCAAUCUUACCAGUCAGACCUGAACUCCCAAUGGUGCUACACGGCCGCUGGGCCAGCUCUCGGUGUGAGGUACGGCCGGCAGUGCUUUUCCUCACAAGGUACUUCAUUUUCCACGAGAGCAGUCGCAGUUGGGAAGGGUACUACCACCACUACUCUGACCCUCUCUGUAAGCAGCCUACGUUCACCGUGUAUGCCUCUGGCCACUACACACAGGGUGCACCAUCCCUCAUUGUGAAAGGAGGCACUGACCUGGUUUUCACCGUGACCCAUGCUCGGGUGACACCAAUGGACCAGAUUACCUUGAUGAUGCUGAACUCUUCUGUCUCCGGGAGCUGCGGAGAGGCUAGCUCGUGGAGCAUAGGGCGGGAACUAGAUGUGACCCACACAAAUGGGUGUGCAGCUCUGGGGAUUAGGCUCCCCCACACAGAGUAUGAACUCUUCCGAAUUGAACAGGAUGCCAGAGACCGCAGUUUGCUCUUCAUAGGCGAGAGACCGACCGAUGGAUCAAGCCCUAGCAUCCCAAGCAAACGGCCAACCUCCUACCAGGCCCCUCUCCUCCAGUGUGGGGGACCAUCAGCAGCCUUGGCAAGACACAGAAAGUCAAAUUCCCUGGGAAGAGUAGCUGAUGAUAGUAGGAGUGGAGCCUCGCAGACUGUCCUUCACAUGUUACCUUGGGUAUCGGCGCUGGCAGUUCUUGCCAUGCAGCUGGUCAGGUGGAACUGAAAGCUGAGACUCCUUGGGCUCUGCAGAAUCCCAGCAGCCUUACUGUUAAUGC